UGGUGUAAUGCCAUGUCCACGCGGUGUGUCCUUGACGACUCUCUUUCUAUCCCUCAUUCUGACUUUCUGUGUUGUGGAGGUAAAAAAGACAGUGAAAUCGCUGCUGCUGUCUGAAAGAGAUGAGAGAGGAGCUGGCGGCGCUGUGAGGCAGCCCUUCUCUCCCUGCUUGCCUUCCUCAAGUGGUGUGGAAACUGAGAGCUGGUACCGACCUGGAUUUGUGACUGCGCGACAAAAGAGGGAAAACCAUUAAGCAUAACAGCUACACUCGGGACUUCGUACAGUACGCACAUGUGGGGAGGACAGCAAAAUAAACAAACUCCUUCAACAAUAACAGUGGGAAAAUAAACAACUUUUUGGAUACAUUUAACUGCACCUGAAGAACAAACGAGCUUGGCUUGUUGGUUUUGCAAUACUGAAGUGCCGAGAUGAAGUCUGCAGUGGUCGGAAAUGGUGGCAUCUUUACAGACAGUUACUGCAACAUCUGCAAUGCACAGCUGAUUUCCGAAUCCCAGAGGGUCGCACACUACGAGAGUAAGAAACAUGCCAACAAGGUUCGGCUUUUCUACAUGCUGCACCCAGAGGAUGGAGGACCUCCCUCCAAGAGACUGCGCCCUGACAACCCGGAAAGUGAUGCGAGUGAAGUGGACAGGAACAAGUGCUGCACGCUCUGCAACAUGUUCUUCACAUCAGCUAUUGUGGCCCAGUCCCAUUACCAGGGCAAGACUCACGCCAAGAGGGUGCGGCUGAUCCUUGGGGAGCCUCCAAGCACGCCCACCACUGUCAGCAGUCCAGACUCCACCUCCAUCGCAUCACAGCCUGCUGACCAGCCCCCGCCCCCUGAGUGUCCCGCAGCCAAUGACAGCGGGGCAGGGAAGUUCUGCUGCCUGUGUGGCGCCUGGUUCAACAACCCGCUGAUGGCACAACAGCACUAUGAGGGCAAGAAACACAAGAGGAACGCAGCCCGGGCACGACUGCUGGAACAGCUAGCAGGCAGCCUUGGAGCAACAGAAACCACAGCGCUGAGAAGCAAAUACUCAUGUGCCGUGUGCAACGUGAUCCUGAACUCGAUCGAACAGUACCACGCACACCUUCAGGGAUCCAAACACCAGAACAACUUGAAGCAGCAGCAGUGAGAUCCUGCAGCCCCUAUCUGUGGCACCAGGCAUUUCAUAGGGGAGAAGACAGCAUCUCUAUUUGGAAAUGUUCGGGGAAGGAUUCCUGUGCUCUUGGAAGAACAGCCAGCUCCACUUGUGGUCAGCCAUUUCCACUGAAACACAGAUUGCACCAAGCCUUACCCUGUCUGACUUUUCCUCUGCUAUGAAAUUCUUGAUUCUGCUGGUUGUUAGAGACUGAGAUUUGUCAACAACAAAAAGUCAUUACAGCAGUUAAGGUCACCCCAGCAUCAACGGUCUGGGGUAUUUGCACAGGACUGCAAUCAAAAAGUCAUCGAAACAGACAAGGCCACUGAACAUUAACUGCAUUCACAAAGUCUGACCUAGUUCAGUGUUAUAGAGAGUAUGACUUCAGUUCAAUAAUGUAAUCUAGGUCAUUUCAAAAUAUGUGUAUCUGGCCCUGUUCAGUUUUAGUAGGAGAUUCAGGAAUGUAUUCUAGGGCAUUCAUUUGCCGGGUGCAUUGCAGUUCUGUGUAUUUACCAGCUAGCGAUAGCUUUAAGAAUACUUCCCAAUAGUCUUUGCUAUGUUAGGUGCUUUUAACUCAUAUUUCUCAGAUCUUUAUACAGACGUGCUCAAAUUUGUUGGUACCCCUCCACAAAAAACGAAGAAUGCAAUUUUCUCUGAAAUAACUUGAAACUGACAAAAGUAAUUGGCAUCCACCAUUGUUUAUUCCAUAUUUAAUAGAAAUCAGACUUUGCUUUUGAUUUUUUAUUCAACAUAAUAUUGUAAAUAAUAAAACAAAUGAAAAUGGCAUGGACAAAAAUGAUGGGACUGCUAACCUAAUAUUUUGUUGCACAACUUUUAGAGGCAAUCACUGCAAUCAAACGUUUUCUGUAGCUCUCAAUGAGACUUCUGCACCUGUUAACAGGUAGUUUGGCCCACUCUUCCUGAGCAAACUGCUCCAGCUGUCUCAGGUUUGAUGGGUGACUUCUCCAGACUGCAAGUUUCAGCUCUUUCCAUAGAUGUUCGAUAGGAUUCAGAUCAGGACUCAUAGAAGGCCACUUCAGAAUAGUCCAAUGUUUUGUUCUUAUCCAUUCUUGGGUGCUUUUAGCUGUGUGUUUUGGGUCAUUAUCCUGUUGGAGGACCCAUGACCUGCGACUGACAGAGCUUUCUGACACUGGGCAGUACGUUUCGCUCCAGAAUGCCUUGAUAGUCUUGAGAUUUCAUUGUGCCAUGCACAGAUUCAAGGCACCCUGUGCCAGGCGCAGCAAAGCAGCCCCAAAACAUAACCGAGCCUCCUCCAUGUUUCACUGUAGGUAUGGUGUUCUUUUCUUUGAAAGCUUUAUUUCUUCGUCUGUGAACAUAGAGCUGAUGUGACUUGCCAAAAAGCUCCAGUUUUGACUCAUCUGUCCAAAGGACAUUCUCCCAGAAGGAUUGUGGCUUGUCAAUAUGCAUUUUAGCAAAUUUCAGUCUGGCUUUUUUAUGUUUUUCUUUCAAAAGUGGAGUCCUCCUGGGUCUUCUUCCAUGGAGCCCACUUUCUCUCAAAAAGCGACGGAUGGUGCGAUCAAAAACUGACGUACCUUCACCUUGGAGUUCAGCUUGUAUCUCUUUGACAGUUAUCCUUUGUUCUUUUUCUACCAUUCGCACUAUCCUUCUGUUCAAUCUGGGGUCGAUUUUCCUCUUGCGGCCGCACCCAGGGAGGUUGGCUACAGUUCCAUGGACCUUAAACUUCUUAAUAAUAUUUGCAACUGUUGUCACAGGAACAUCAAGCUGCUUGGAGAUGGUCUUGUAGCCUUUACCUUUACCAUGCUUGUCUAUUACUUUCUUUCUGAUCUCCUCAGACAACUCUCUCCUUUGCUUUCUGUGGUCCAUGUUCAGUGUGGUGCACACAAUGAUACCAAACAGCACAGUGACUACUUUUCUCCAUUUAAAUAGGCUGAAUGACUGAUUACAAGAUUGGAGACAUGUGUGAUACUAAUUAAAGAAACUAAUUAGUUUGAAAUAUCACUAUAAUCCAAUUAUUUAUUAUCUUUUCUAAGGGGUACCAACAAAUGUGUCCAGGCCAUUUUAGAAUAUCUUUGUAGAAUAAGCAAUAAUUCAUCUCUUUUCACAGCUUCUUUGCUUUAUUCUAUGACAUACCAAAGGCAUGCAAGUAUACAUGAUAAAAUAGCUUUUAAUUUCAUCACUUUUCAGGAGGAAUGAAGCAUUAUUUCAAUAAGCUGUAAGGGUACCAACAAAUUUGAGCACGUCUGUAUAUGUGUCCUGAGACUCCUGCAGUGAGUUGGUGUUUUAAACAGUUGAAAAACAGGCUGUUUGGUACUGAAAGUUUGAAAUAAAUCCAAUUUAUGAUGUCUGCAAAGGUCUGGGUUGAAGACAACAGGGGCACAUCCUACAUAUUCCACUAAAUGAAGAUCAUUUGUAAUCCCCUUCCUCAGAACAUCAAAUUAAUGAGCUCAGCUUCUUCUGGGUGCAGGAUAGAGAAAUUUCUUUCUGUAAAAGGAUGCCAUCACUGUUAGUAUGUCUAUUUAUUUAUUUAUUUAUGUAUGUAUGUAUGUAUUUAUUUAUUUAUUCAUUUAUUUAUGUAUUUGUUUGUUUGCUUAUUUAGUAUGUACACCAUAUGUAAAUUGGUUUUUGUGUGCAAUACUCUUUUCAGAGAUACACUGUCCUAAUUUUAAAAAAAUAACAAGAUUUUGAAAAUAGUCAAGCUGUGCAGGUUUAGCUAGCUUUGGACUGAUUUCCCUGGUUGGGAGAUGGCUGUGAAUGUGAUGAAACACACUGUCUCCCAAACAUUUAUCUUUCUGUAAUGCUGGGUACUGGAUUAUUCAGUGUGAAAAGUAGGAGUCAAUGAUUCUCUGCCUAUCCACAGAGAGAUGUGACCUUGCAAGAGGCAGACGCUCUGUGGGCGGGUGUCGGCAGUGAGUGUUUACAGGACGAGACAAUGCUUAUUAGUGUGUUUAUCCCAGAUUGAAACAAUAAUGUGAGCAGCUGGAAUCUGCUUUUUUUCUGUAUAAUGUAUUUGUCUUUAAUAAAUGUAUGU